AUGUGGCGGUGGUGGUGUGGGAGAGGAAGCGUUAGGAGCAUUGUCGUCAAGGAGGGUGAGAUCGGAUCGGCUCUCAACCUGAGCUCAUUGAAGAAAUCAAAGAAGAAGAAGAAAGCAGCGAAAGAGAAUCCAUACUCGAGCCUAGGCCUCGAUAAGUUCUCCUCGUUACUUUCUAUCCUCGAGGCUCGAAGGACAGGCAUCGAAGCCGAAUCAGAAGAUACGCCGACGACGAUACUUUGGUUCAGGUUCACUGAGUCAAACGAUUGCGUGCCAAUCUUUAAAAACUUCAAAAACGACACCAAAGAAACUGGUCGCCGAGAAAUGCCGUCGGAAUCGCAGCCAGCUCCUGCCGAGCACGCCCAAGACAAAAAUGUCAACGAGGUUAGUAAAGAGAUGGGGAUCAAGAAGGUCAAAGCAUGGUCAUGGAAAGAUUGGGCGUCCGAGUCUCAUCCGUUUUUAUUGCUAGCUCUGCUCCUUCUUAGCUUGAUGUUCUCAAGGGUGUUUGCUAUAUACUGCGCUACGAUAUGGUGGUAUUUGGUGCCAAGAAUACAAGGCAAAGAUCCAAGGAGAAAAUCGAGAAGGUUAAUGAGAAAGAAGAGUGUAAUCGUGUAA